GGCACCGGCAUACGAACCCCACUCGAUCCACCUGCCGAUGAAUAUUUAAUGGAGCCGAUUUCGAUGGCGAAUGAAUGAGGAAACGUCGUUACCCCACUGACAUUCAUCACAACACUUUUGUUGACGUAUUUGUAAAUCUUGGAAAAGUUAUUUCGAUUAACAUGUCGUUGGGGUAAACUAAUCAACAUGAUGAGCGGACGAAGAUUGGCCUCGUGUUCAGCAGUCACAGCUGUGUUGCUGGUGCUCAUAAUUAGUGGUUCAGUUACAUCGUCAGACGAAUCAUUGUUUCCUCGUUUCGUGGAGCCGGUCACGAACGUGACGGUGACGGUGGGACGAGACGCGCUCCUCGCCUGCGUCGUCGAAGACUUACGAGGUUACAAGGUGGCGUGGGUCCGCGUGGACACUCAGACAAUUCUGAGCAUCCACCACAACAUAAUAACCCAGAACGCGCGCAUCAGUCUGUCAUACAACGACCACCGCUCGUGGUACCUCCACAUCAAGAACGUGCAGGAGGUGGACCGCGGCUGGUACAUGUGCCAGGUCAACACCGACCCUAUGCGCUCCAGGAAGGGAUACCUGCAGGUGGUGGUACCACCAGUGAUAAUAGACAACAUGACGUCGACCGAUAUGGUGGUUCGCGAAGGUACCAACGUGACCAUGGUCUGCCGAGCCACUGGAUACCCUGAACCGUACGUCAUGUGGAGGCGAGAGGAUGGACAAGAAUUCAACUGUAAUGGCGAAUCAGUGAACGUGGUAGAUGGUGAAAAUUUAACGAUAUCGAAAGUGUCUCGACUUCACAUGGGCGCCUACUUGUGUAUCGCCUCGAACGGAGUCCCGCCAUCGAUCAGCAAGCGCGUCGUGCUUAUGGUGCAAUUUCCACCGAUGUUGUCCAUCCCCAACCAACUGGAGGCGGCAUACAUUGGGCAGGACGUGACGCUGGAGUGCCAUACGGAGGCGUACCCCUCCUCCAUCAACUACUGGACCACUGACCGCGGAGACAUGAUCAUAUCAGGAAAUAAAUACAUCACGUCACUAAGCGACGACAGUUACAGUCGGAAAAUGAAAUUGACUAUACGGAGGGUAUCGUCAAGAGAUUUUUCAUCUUACCGCUGCGUCGCGAAGAACUCCCUCGGCGAGACGGAUGGGCUUAUCCGACUUGACGAAAUCCCCGCACCUUCGACUACAAGUACCACGGACAAUAACGUCCCUACAUUUCCUCAAAGAAAGAAAGGUAAACAUAAAAAUCGUUGGCGGGACAGCUCCGCCGAGAACAGAGUCAUAGGAGACUACGAAGUAGAAGAGUGGAAAGAUGUCGAUUACGAGUCGACGCAGUCUUCCCGGUCCACCAUCAGUCGAGGCGCUUCUCUGGUCAUCAUUGGAGGCUUUUUGAUUGCAAGCUGACAUACGGCCACCGGUCUCCAGGUCCUAUCCUAGUGCCAAUAAGACGUUUGUGCUAAAAGAGAUACGAAAGCAGUGAUAAACAUUAGGAUAGGGGCUGUGUCAGUCAUAAACUUGUCAUAUCGUUUAAUUACGACUCCAAAAUAUCAUUUAAAAACUGUCAUCACAUCGAAAUGAUCUAUUAUAAGUUUAUUAUUUAUUUUACAUUGCAAGAAUAAUUUAUGGAGACGUAGUAUCUAUUUGAUAGAAAUUGUAAAUACUUUUCGAUAUAAUUGAAAGACUGAUAGAAUUGUACUAUUAAUGUGCCAUAUCUUAUCACAUAACUAUAAACUGAGUUUAGUGCAUAAGGAUGUUUGUUUUCCCACUUUAUUUCUUUUUACUAUACUAUAAAACCCUUCUAUCUAAAACUGUUUACAAAGUCAGUAGUAAAUGUCCUCAAACUUCAAUAGUGUGUUCAAUUUACACCGUGUACUUAAUCGGUUUAAAUACUUAGAGCACACGUUUGUACGAUGUACGGCACGGCUCACGCUACAUCGCCAUUGCCGGGCUCGUGUCGUGUCACGUACUUGCUCGCAUUAAGAUAAUAUCAUACCAUUAACACUCGUUACAAUUACUCACUCGCCAGUUAAAAUGACCAUCUGUUAACUUGGAAUUAAGUUAUGACCAUAUUUUCCCUCAUUGUAAAGAGUAAAUAGAAUAAAAGAGAAUUAUAUCCACGUACUAAGUUCCUCUGUAUGAUCUACCGCCUCGCCACAACAAUGUGCAGGACAAAGAAAAUCAAUUCUUGCUUUGUAUUUCGUUUUCUCUCUUUCUCCUGUAAAAUAGUAAAGGAUAUAAAGAAAUGUUGGGUUUGGCUUUAAAUGUCUAUCAUUUGUUGUGUAAAAAUGGUUUUGAAAAUAUUAUUAUGUUUGUUACAUAGCUGGUCUAUGGUAAAAGUAUGUUCUAGCUUAAGUUUCAAUUAUGUAUUGUAAUUACGUUAUUGAUUCUCCCCUACCUGUCCUAUCCACAAAUUGUUCUAGUAAUCUAGUUUCUAUCGAUCUGAAGCGCUAGUCAGUAAAAUUCACUUUCGAAACUCUAUCGAAUGACAACGCACUAUUCGAAUAUUUGCAAAAUCGAAUAAAAAGUGACACUUUGUGAAUAGCACUACAGUUUAUUUUUUGAAAUCUUUGUUAUUUUGUGUUAGUCACCAAUGUUUGCAAUAACUAUAAAAAAAGAAAUAAAAGUACUGGCUUCUAUAAAAUACAAAGAUAAUUUGUUCCUUGAAUAAAAGCUUUAUACAAAUUGUAAAUAUUAUAAGUUAUACGCGAUGUUAAAUUAAUGUACUUACUGUUAUGUUACUCGUUUCUUACCAAAUGUUUACCUAAAUACGUUUUGUACAUAAUCUCAUCACUUCUACAAUAAAGACAAUAUGGCGUGCUUUGUAAUAUAAAUAAAUAGCUAUGUAAUAUUUCGACGUACGAGGCUUGCGUUAUUUUCUUUCUCUAGUACGCAUUGGUUGUUGUUUGUACCAUUUCCAAAAUUGUUAUAGAGAAUCAUAGAACAAGAUGCAAUCUUAAUUUAUUGUACCUGUAGAAUAAUAAAUAGAUAAGGACUACAUAUCUUGGAAAUGGUCUAUUUCAGCGUUGAAAACUUUGU